AUGUAUGGUGCAUAUUGGCAACUUCAUGGCUCGGGGUUCAUGUGGAUUGAAGAAAGUUGUGUGAGAUCUAAAACUCACCCGAUACUUUUUCCCUUCCCUCAUUUCUUUCCCCUCUCUCUCCCCCGUUCCCCCUUCCCAAGCUGCGAUUUCCACGUUUCGGCCACAUCUCCGACCGACGACGACGUGAUCUGCGACGAUCGCUUGAUCUCCGGGAAUCCUGUGGCGAAUUGGAAAGGGAAGGACUUCAAAGCGAUGCAUUGGAGUCAUCAAAGUGUCAGGCAAAGGAGAUUUGAUGGGGAUCAAAGAUUUUUGUGGCACACGAAGAUGACUAUAUGUAUUCUUAGUGUUCUUGGAUGGCUGAUGGACUUUUAAAACAUUCGGUUGUUGAACUUUGUAUCAUAUUUUCUAGUAGCUUGGAUGGAUGAUGGAUCUUGUAAACUUUGUAUCAUAUUUUCUAGUAGCUUGGAUGGAUCUUGUAAACUUUGUAUCA